UCCUCCAGGAACAGGGUAUGGCUGUGCGUUUUUGUUACCAGCAAUUAUUAUUGCAUUCCCAUAUAAAUAAGUCUCCGAUCGCAUACGUACCCAUCAGUGCCAAACAUGACGCUAUAUAGCCCGGAGUUCAGCGAAUCGGAGCAGUUGAAAAUCGACGCAGAAUUCUCUAGACUGUCCGAGAACAAGAGUGUUUACCUGGAUCAUGCAGGCACCACACUUUAUGCGGAAAGCCAGGUGAAGGCGGCGGCCGAGCAACUGCAGCGAAAUGUCAUCUGCAAUCCGCACACCUGUCGCCUUACCGGCGACUUUGUGGACCAGGUUCGAUACAAAGUCUUGGAAUUCUUCAACACCACUGCGGAGGACUACCAUGUCAUCUUCACCGCAAAUGCCACCGCCUCGCUAUCCUUGGUCGCCGAAAAUUUUGACUUUGGCUCCUCGGGAAACUUUCACUUCUGCCAGGAGAAUCACACCUCGGUGCUGGGAAUGCGGGAGAGGGUCAGCCAUGCCAAAGGGAUUUACAUGCUGACGGAAAAGGAAAUAACCGGAUGCUCCAUAAAAAAUGGCUCAUCCAAAGGGGAGACCACAAAUCCGGGAAAAUCCCUGGUCACCUUCUCCGCGCAGUGCAACUUCAGUGGCUGCAAGAUACCUCUGGACGCCAUUGGAACGAUUCAGGAUAAUGGCCUGCACACGCCAGGAAAGCACAUCUGGGGGUCUGAAGGAGAAGCCAGCAAUAACGAUUACUAUGUCUGCCUGGACGCUGCCUCCUUUGUGGCCACCAAUCCCCUGGAUCUGAAGCGAUAUCGUCCGGACUUCGUGUGCAUCAGUUUCUACAAGAUAUUCGGCUAUCCCACGGGCGUGGGCGCCUUGCUGGUCAGCAAGCGGGGAGCAGAGGCCUUCAGAAAGAGGACGUUCUUCGGUGGAGGCACCAUCAACUACGCCUAUCCCCAUGCCAUGGAGUAUCAGCUGCGGGAGUCCUUCCACCAGCGGUACGAGGACGGAACACUGCCGUUUCUGGCGAUUGUGGGUCUGCUCGAGGGAUUCCGCACCCUGGAGCGAAUGGUACCGAAAACCAAAGAACUGUCCACCAUGGAGCGGAUUUCUAGACAUGUCCAUGGCCUGGCCAAGUACCUGGAGGACCAGCUGAAGCAACUGAAGCAUCCGAAUGGGGAACCGCUCAUCCAGCUAUACAACAAGGCAGGCUACCAGGACAGAUCCCGACAGGGCGGCAUCGUCGCCUUCAAUGUGCGCACCGACAGCGGUGACUAUGUGGGCUUCGGUGAGAUUGCCUGCGUGGCUGCCUUGCAUGGCAUCCUCUUGCGCACCGGUUGCUUCUGCAACAUUGGGGCCUGCCAAUAUUACUUGGGACUAGACGGCGACGCUAUGGAUGCGAUAUACAAGCGGGCUGGAAGGAUCUGUGGCGAUUAUUUUGAUCUGAUCGACGGCCAGCCCACGGGAGCAGUGCGCGUAUCCUUCGGCUACAUGACCAGGAUUCAGGAUGUGGAGCAGCUGCUGAAAAUGCUGCGCUCCAGCUACUUGGCCACAAAGCCGCAGCAAAGGAUUCUGUUUAUCGAGGAGCAGGCGAGCCAAUUGCCUCCUGUGCUGCAGGCACGUGUCCAGAACCUGAGGCCGAAACUCCUGCAAAUGGCCGUUUUCCCGGUGAAGUCCUGUGCGGCCUUCAAAAUAGUAGGGACGCUGCACUCCUGGCCACUGACGGACCAGGGCUUGAAGUACGACCGCGAAUGGAUGAUCGUGGACAUGAACGGCAUGGCCCUGACCCAGAAACGCUGCACGGAGCUGUGUCUGAUCAGGCCGAUGAUUAAAAGCGACGUCCUCGAACUGCAUUUCGGAGAUUCCUUCGUGUCGGUGCCGCUCUCGCUGGAGGAUCAGGCCGCCGAUUCGGCCAAGUGCGUGAGCAAAGUGUGCCGCCAGCCUGUGGAGGGCUUGGACUGCGGCGAGGCAGUUGCCGAGUGGUUGAGCACGAAUCUUGGCCAAGACGGCCUCCGCCUGCUGCGGCAAUCGGGUCAGAGGAACUCCUCCAAGGACCAGCAGAAGCUCAGCCUGGUGAAUCAGGCUCAGUUCUUGCUCGUCAAUCGCUCCUCGGUGCGAUCCCUUCAGUUCGAGGAGCCGCUGGACGAUACGGUGGAUCGUUUCCGGGCCAACAUAAUCAUCGACACCGGCUUGGCCUUCGAGGAGCUGCACUACAAGCAGCUGUCCAUCGGCAAGGUCCAGUUCCAGGUGGAAGGUCCUUGCCAGCGAUGCGAUAUGAUCUGCAUAAACCAGAAAACCGGUGAACGCUCUCCGGAAACUCUGACCACCAUUUCCCGUCUCCAAAGCGGACGCAUGCGUUUUGGCAUUUACGUCACCAGGAUUUCCAAGGAUAACGGCGAUCUGCAGCUGUCCUGCGGGGAUACAGUUCUCGUGGAGUGAGCUCUCUCCCAACUAGCAUUUAGGUUUCCACUCACAGCACAAUCUUUGAAAAGUCACAUUUUUUACAAAAAGCACUGUAUAUUAACCACAUCACUAUUAAUUUAGUUAACCAGAUACCUCUUGCCAGUGUCUUAAUCCUUUUAAAGGGUCCAACGAUACAUAAAGUGAAUGAACAUGUAUUAAAAACAA